AUGAGGAGUGCAGCCAAGCCCUGGAGUCCAGUCACCAGAGUGGGAGGCCGUGGGGUGGACCGCGUGCGACCCCUCCCCGCCCCCCCUCCCGGCAUGAAGAGCUCCAAGUCGUCCACCUCGCUGGCAUUUGAGUCCCGACUCAGCAAGCUCAAGCGGGCCAGCAGUGAGGACACGCUCAACAAGCCAGGCGGUGCCGCCGCUUCUGGGGCAGCUCGACUGAAAAAGACGUCCACGUCCGGGGCCGUCUCCGAACUCGCGGAGAGCCGCCUGAGGGGCCCCCCAGGGGCUGGGGCAGCAGCCAAGCGGACAGGCAUUCCCACCCCUCGAGAACUCGCGGUAGCUGUCUCGAGAGAGAGAACGCUGCCACGCGGUCCCUCCAACUCCAGGAAAGCGGUAUCCAGCCCCACCUCUUCCAGCACGCCCACCCCCACCAAGCACGUGCGGGCCACUCCCACGAGACCCAGGCCGGAGCACGAAGACGCAGAGAAGGCCGCGCUCGAGUCCCAGGUUCGGGAACUCUUGGCAGAAGCCAAAGAGAAAGAUGGUGAAAUUAACAGGCUCCGAAGUGAACUCAAGAAAUGGAUGGAGAAGUGGACUCAGAACACCGAAGGGGCUGACGCUUUGGACCCAAGUGUGGACGGAGCGUCAGUCUUGCCGGGUGACUCGGAGCCUUUGAUCAGAGCCCUCGAGGAGAAGAACAAGAACUUCCAGAAAGAGCUCGCUGAGCUUGAGGAUGAAAACCGGGCCUUGAAGGAGAAACUGACUUAUUUUGAGCAUUCCCCAAAUUCAGAGGGGGGAGCGAGUCACACGGGGGACAGCAGCUGCCGGACGUCGGUAACUCAGGAGUCCAGCUUCGGGAGCCCGAUGGGAAAUGAGUUGUCGGGUGAAAUGGACGUGUGUAAAAAAGGCCCACACGAAGGUGUGUUGCGGACGUCGGGCUCUUCGAGCAGUGAUGUCACCAAGGCUUCCUUGUCCCCGGACGCCUCCGACUUCGAGCACAUCCCAGCAGACGCCCCUCCGGGGCCCCUGUCCCCCGCCGGGAGCCUCGUCAAGAGCUCCAGGUGCUUGGCGGCUGGCAGCUCCCCGCACACCGCGAGCGAGCUGUCCCUGGCGUCCCUGACGGAGAAGAUCCACAGGAUGGAAGAAAACCACCACAGCACUGCCGAGGAGCUGCAGGCCACGUUGCAGGAGCUGUCGGACCAGCAGCAGAUGGUGCAGGAAUUGACGGCUGAAAACGAGAAGCUGACGGACGAGAAGACGCUCCUGGAAGCGUCCUUUCAUCAGCAUCGGGAGAGGGCGGAGCAGCUGAGUCAGGAGAACGAGAAGCUGAUGACCCUCCUGCAGGAGCGAGUCAAGAGUGGGGAGCUCAGCACCCAGGAAGGAAAAAUCCUGGAGCUGGAGCAGAAUUGCACGGAGAUCCUGGAGCAGGGCCGCUUCGAGCGGGAGAAGCUGCUCAACAUGCAGCAGCAGCUGACCUGCCGUCUGAGGAAGGGCGGGGAGGACCGGGGGGCUCUGGAGACAGUCCGGCUCCUGGAGGAGGAGAACGGGGAACGGACCACCUUCCUGGAGCCGGAACGGCGCGACAGCGGGACCAUGGCCGAGACCCUGGAGGAGUGUCGGGUUCCCUUGGAAGGGCUCAAGGUGGAGAACGGGUCUCUGAAGGCGCACCUGGAGAAUGAGAAGCCUAAAGCCAUAGAGACCAGCCCCCCAGGGCACACGGCCGAGGGCUGUGAGGUUCAGGAAAUGUUGACAGUGGCCCGAGCCGAGAAGGAACAGCUGGAACAGUCCUGCGCGGAGCUCAGACAGGAACUGCUGAAGGCACGUGGUGAGGUUAAGCGUGUCUCAAGCCUGCUGUCCAAGGUGGAAAAGGAUUAUUCUUACUUGAAGGAGAUAUGCGAUCAUCAGGCAGAACAGCUGAGCAGAACCAGCCUGAAGCUGCAGGAGAAAGCGUCGGAGAGUGACGCGGAGAUUAAAGACAUGAAGGAGACCAUCUUCGAGCUGGAGGACCAGGUGGAGCAGCAUCGAGCCGUCAAGUUACACAACAAGCAGCUCAUCAGUGAGCUGGAGAGCAACGUGAUGAAACUGGAGGAACAGAAGUCGGACCUGGAGAGGCAGCUGAAGACGCUGACAAAGCAGAUAAAGGACGAGACGGAGGAGUGGCGGCGCUUCCAGGCUGACCUGCAGACAGCGGUGGUGGUGGCCAACGACAUCAAGUGCGAGGCCCAGCAGGAGCUGCGUGCUGUCAAGCGGAGGCUGCUGGAGGAGGAGGAGAAGAACGCCCGGCUGCAGAAGGCCCUGGGGGACGCGCGGGCCCGCGGCAGCUCCAUGGUCUCUGUCAGCUAUAGCAGAGCAGGUGGUGGAAGAGAGGCCGCCCAGCCCUUGCCAUGAUGGGAAACCACAGCCAUUUCUUUGUGAAAGGGGGAAUGUGUAGAGGAGAAAUAACCUUUUGAUAAAGAACCAAACGGUCUCCUUAGAACAGCCACUGUUGCCCAGUCAUUGUCAUCAAGUCUCUUUACCUUUUUUUUUGUUUUCUUUUUGCAUUUUGGAGUCAACUCUGCACAAAGAUGAUCCUUCCCUCUUUUUUUUUCUUUAUUCUUCACAGAAGAUUCAGCAGUCUUUUGUUUGGAGCACGAAAUAAAGUUGUUCUGCAAAACAAAGUCUGUCGUGAAAAAAUUUUUGAGAUGCAGCCAGAGUGCUGAGCGAGGGCCGUGGCGUUGCACGUGCAGAGUGAACACAGCCCAGGCUGUGCUUUACUUUUUUGGAGUUUACUUUUAUGUUUCCUUUUGAAUACAGUGUCUGAUAAGCUUGGAAUUAACACUGUUUUAGGUGAAACAGGAAACCAUCUGCAUGACGUCUCGUUCUGAAGAAGUUAGAAAGUUCUGCUUCCUCUGUGUCCAGUCUUGAUUUCACCUUUUCCAGCUGGAGUCUGACUUCCUUAAGCUUGUCUGAAACAAGCCACCACCAUGUUUUGGGCUGAUUUCCAAAAUCUCUUUGGGGUUCAAUAUGCAUCGAUGUUUGCUUGCUCAUGAAGGAUGUAGUUGAAUCAGAUAAGCUUCUGUGGGGACGAUGCUAAUUGGAAUUGAACUGAGAACUAACGAACAACGACAAAAGCCUCGUGAAUAAAACUCACCCUGGAAAUCUAAAGACUUUUUCAAUCCGGAAGCAUAUAACUCAGAGGGAUCCCAGAUUCAAAGUGUGACUUGAAACUCUUGGAAGUACGUAUGUUUGUUAAGAUCUGGGUCCAGUUCAGCAACCUCCCUCAGGCAGAACUCAUUGCAGCUCUCAUGUGAAGAACUUCUAGGCCAUUAGCUACGUCAUCAGGAAGGUGAGACAAGAUGGGAUCCACGGAAAAUCAGGAACAGGAAAGCCCUUUAACUCAGGAGAACAUUGUGAGUGUCAAACGAGAGAGCACAGAGUCACUAGAAAAAUUCGACUUGGUGACAGAAAGAGGAGAGGUCGACGUCCUCUCUGUAAAAAUAGUUCUGACACUUGCUGGAGUUAUCCUAGUGGGACAGGAAUUUAUAUACUGGGAGAUCUUUACCUCGGACUGAGAAUCGUUAGGAUGAUAUAAAACUCAUUUGCCGGGUGUUUUCAAAUACAAACAAGAAAAAGGCAAUCUCAGCUUCAAAUGCACAGCUGUCUCUGCCCCACAUAUUUUGAUCUUUCUCUGGGGACUGUCGAGUAUUUUUAUAUGUAAGCGUUUAUGAAGUGCUAAAUAAACAUGUCAUUAUUUCGAA